AUGUCGGCGGCCGUGUCUUGCGCAGAGAGGGCGACGAGCGACAUGCUGAUCGGCCCCGACUGGGCCGUCAACAUCGAGCUCUGCGACAUCAUCAACAUGGAUCCCGGACAAGCAAAGGAUGCACUUAAGCUCCUAAAGAAGCGCCUUGGGAAUAAGAAUUCGAAAGUGCAAAUUCUGGCCCUUUAUGUGUUAGAGACUCUAAGCAAAAAUUGCGGGGAUAUUGUUUACCAACAGAUCAUUGAGCGUGAUAUACUAAGUGAAAUGGUUAAGAUAGUAAAGAAAAAGCCAGACUUAAACGUCCGGGAGAAAAUAUUGAGUCUGAUUGACACAUGGCAAGUGGCUUUUGGAGGUCCUUCCGGGAGAUAUCCUCAGUACCACACUGCGUACCAAGAACUCAGGGCAGCUGGUGUCGAUUUUCCGCCUCGCGAGGAGAAUACAGUUCCACUGUUUACACCUCCUCAGACUCAACCUUUGAGGCAGCCACAUCUAUAUCCUCCAGGUCAAAGCUAUGAAGAUGUAGCUAUACAAGCUUCUCUCCAAUCUAGUACCCCUGCUGCACCUCCCCUGAGUCUAAGUGAGAUCCAGAGUGCUCGAGGAAUUGUGGAUGUGCUGGAUGAGAUGUUAAAUGCACUUGACCACAGGCACCCCGAGGGUGUGAGGGAGGAGGUCAUUGUUGACCUUGUUGGGCAGUGUCGUUCUUAUCAUGCUCGUGUGAUGGAUCUUGUUAGCGAUACUGGUGAUGAGAGCCUUCUGUUUCAGGCUCUAGGACUAAAUGAUGAGUUGCAGCGUGUUCUUCAGCGUCAUGAUGACAUAGCAAAAGGAGUCUCUCCAAAUAUACCAGUGCCUGUUGCUGGUAACAUAAACCAAGGGACAGCCCCUCCUCGGCCUGCUGGGGCUUCAUUUGCCCCCCUUCUUAAUGUACACCAUGAGGACGAUGAACCAGAAGAUGAGUUCUCCGUGCUUUCCCGCAGGUCUGCAAGGGAUGGCGCAGCAGCACAGGGCAACAUGUCUUCUGUUCCAAGAAAUGAAAGGCCAUACCCAAGCCCACUUCUUCCUCCACCACCAUUGACAAAAAGGCCUGUUUACACAGAGGCAAGCAGUGUCGACUAUCUAAGUGGGGAAUCGUAUAAGUCUGAAAAAGUACCAGAUGAUUUUGUCAACCCAACGGCCCCAGCCAAUAUGUCUGCACCAUCUCAUUCAAAAACAGAAACAGAUCAAGUGCCAAAUUAUGAUAGCAGAUCAGAAAAUGUGCCUGAUGACUUCAUAAACCCAACUGCAGCACCCAGUUUCUCCAUGCCUUCUCGUCCUACGAGUGAGCCAUCUGUGAAUAAGCUUGAGAGCCUUCCUGAUGAUGACUUCAUAAACCCCACUGCCCUUCCUGGUUUCUCUUCGUCUUCAACUAGUGAAGAUCUUCCAAAAGCUCCAUGGGAAGCUCAAGCUCCAGUUUCCCUACCGCCUCCUCCUGCAAGGUAUGGCCAAAGACAGCAGUUCUUUGAGCAACAACAUGGCUUUCCUGGUGAGAACAAUGAAGGUGGCUACGAUGAGAUGCUGACGCGGACAGAAAGCCUUUCUCUUAAUCAAAGGAACACUGAGAAUGGGAAGAGCGCAUCAGUGUCGACAGCAUCCCGCCAGCCCAAACCUGAGGAUGCCCUUUUCAAGGAUCUUGUUGAUUUUGCCAAGAAGAAUCCAUCUUCUCCAUCUAAACCAGCCAACAGCCGCAGGACUCGCUGA